ACUGGAAGUGAGGUUCACUGACUACCAUCCCUGGGGAAAACCAGGAGGGGGUGCCCGGGUAAUAGACAGUAAUGGCAAGCUUCUGCAUCCUGCUGGGAGUCUCAAUAGCAGCAGCAGCAAAGAAUAUAAUAUUUGGGGCCCAAUCACUGAGACUGGGCAGAAGGAAAGAGAGGCAAGGAAUGCAAUACCCAAGGAAAAACAGAAGAUAACAUCUGAUGCUAAUGAACCGUACUUGAAAAAACAGCAGGAAAGAAGGCAGUCGCCAGACUAUUAUGCUGAUCUUGCCCAGCAAGCACAAUACAGGAAACGGCAGAUUAAAGAAAACAAAGCGAGAGACUUAGCUGCAGAAUGCAUGGUAAGAAGGCCUUAAGAAGACAUGUCAGCUCUCUGGCCAAAGAAGCCUAUAAGAUAUUCCCCCGAAGCCGAAAUACACUCCAGCUCAGCCAUGAGAAAGAAAGCAACCGUGAGCAGCAUGCACCGGCUGAUAAGAGACGAUUCGGAGACGGUGCAGUGGGACAGCAGGGCUGCAGCCGCAGCAAGUGAUGCUGAGCACGACGAUACAGCUAGCAGUGUAGUUUCAACAGAAUCCACAGCAGAAGUCCUUUCACCUACUGCCAUUUUGACCAUAACUAAACUCAAAUGCCAACUAGAAAGCAAACAGGAAAGGAUCACCUAUCUUGAAAAACAGGUUGAAGAUCUCCAGCAAGAUCGCAGCUUUCUUCGUUCACAAAUUGAGAAUUUAACAAGAGGUCCAAAGACAACUGAAGAUGCUAAGCCGAGGAAAAGGUCCAGAACAACAUCCAGUAGCUCAGCAUUCAGCAUGGACAGCGGCUCUGACAUGUCAUUGACAACAGUGUCUUCAGCAACUUCCAGUGAGGUCAAAAAAAGAAAGCAUCACAAAGACAAAAGGAGGGGCAAGAAAUCUAAAGAUUACAGCAGAAAAAGAGCAACUGGUGUGCAGUAUGUCAUUCAUCGGUACAAGCAGGUGCUGUCUACCUUCAACAAGAAGAAAAGCAUGAGCGGAGCGUUCCGUCAUUACGGCAUUGACCGGAACACCAUUGCUAACACCGCACCCAUAGCGGAGCUACACCUCGCAGCCAAAGACAUGCUGUCGGUAGUGGGACUCUUCAAUUCACGCGAAGAGACACUGGUUAAAUACGCACAAAAAUGUGCCACUCUCAUGGAAAAUGAUGAGAGCCUGUCCCGGAAAAUCGAGUUAAUGAAAGCUACUGGGGAGCUGUUGCCAAUAACAGCCAAAAAAUCCAAAAUACUUGAUGUAAAAGCAGAAAAGCAUUAGACAGGGGACAGUAGAUCCCUGAAAAUGAGGUGGAGUCGCCCGGUCCUCAAUGAAAAAUAUUUAAACUAAUGAUAAUUGCAGACCAAUUAAAAAAAAAAUAUAUAUAUAUAUUAUUUAAAUGGUUUGGAGUUAAGAAAUCAUUAUUUGUGGUGCACUUGGGAAUGCCUUAUUUUGGAAGAGAAGACUUAAAAUUCAUUAAGGUAAAAAAAAAAAAAAAUUAAACAUGAUUCUUGAUUUAAGCUAUUGAUAAAACUUGUUCUGGGGAGUGACAGAAAGAUUAUAGAGAUGGACAGCCCAAGUGGACAAAAUAAGCAAGCCAUUAAACAAGGGGCUUGGCUUUAAUGGUUUAUUAUGAUACC